AUGGCCGUCGAGAUCAACCAGCUGGCCACCGAGCCCAUCACCGCACACGCAUUCAACGCUGACAGGAGCCAUCUGGCCGUGUCCGAAAACUCAAACCAAGUCAAGAUCUACCAGAAAACGGCUGCCCGGCCUGGCGCUGCUUCCUCAUGGACCGCAACCCACACUCUCUCAGACCACGAUAAACUGGUCACUUCCAUCGAUUGGGCCCCUCGAACCAACCAGAUCGUCACUGCAUCCCAGGACAGGAACGCCUAUGUAUGGCAGUACGGCCCAGACCCAUUAGACCCGAGCAAGCCGGCAACCUGGCAGCCGACCUUGGUCCUAUUACGGCUGAACCGCUCGGCCACCUUUGUCCGCUGGUCGCCAGACGAGGCCAAGUUUGCGGUGGGCUCGGGGGCUCGUGCGAUUGCGGUGUGCCAGUACGACGACGAGUCGAACUGGUGGGUAGCCAAGCAUCUCAAGAAGCCACUCCGCUCGACCGUGCUCAGUCUGGCCUGGCACCCCAACUCGGUCCUGCUUGCCGCCGGCUCGGCCGACGCUACCUGCCGGGUCCUCAGCGCCUACAUCAAGGGCGUCGACUCCAAGCCCGCACCCACCGUCUGGGGCGAGCGGAUCCCGUUCAAUACGAUCUGUGCCGACUUCUCCGCGCCCUCCGGGGGGUGGGUCCACGACGUCUGCUUCUCCCCCAGUGGGGACGCCCUCGCCUUCGUCUCCCACGACUCCGCCAUCACCCUCGUCUAUCCCAGCGGACCCGACGCCGCGCCCCAUGCGAUCCAUGUCAUCAAACUCCCCAGCCUGCCCUUUAUCUCACUCAGCUUCUGCUCCGAGACCAGCCUCGUGGCCGCCGGCCACGACUGCCAACCGAUGCUAUUCCAGGGAAACCUUCAGGCCGGCUGGCAGCUUGUCAAGACCCUCGACGAGGGCAAAAGCGCCGCCGCCGGCGCCCAGGCCAAGUCCAUGGCCGGCCCCGGGAUCGGAAGGCUCAACAACGAGGCCUUCAACCUCUUCCGCUCCGCCGACUCUCGCGGCGUCAUGUCUUCCGUCGAAGGUGCUGCCACAUCCGGGAACCGCGCCGGCGUCGACACCGUCCAUUCAAACACGAUCACUAGCAUCCGUAACUUUGCCGGCCAACCUGGCGCAGUCACCCACCUCAGUACCUCCGGCGUCGACGGUAAGCUCGUCGUGUGGGAUGUCAACGGCGGCAGCGCGGCCGGAAUCACUAAAGCCAUUAGUAGUAUGAAAGUCUGA